GCUGGCGGCCUUAUGUUGAGGUAAAUCGCCAAAACACUUCAAGGUCGACUCCCGGCACCCUACCACGACAUAUUCGACCACCCACCACGAUCACAUCGAUACUUCCGGCCAAGCUCUAGCCUUCGACGUUUAAUCACUACCUCGCUCGUCGAGCCCUCUGCGGAGGACGACGGGCGCGGACAGGGGACGCAAGAAUGGCUCUCUAUUCAGAACCUCCAACUCUUCGCGAAUUCAAAUUCGAUAAACCGACCCUCCUUGUUUGCUGGUGGGCGACAUCGUUCUGUACCCUCAUUAUCCUUCUGCGGCUUGCAGGCCGCUUUAUCCGUACCGAACGGCUGUUCACUGAAGAUCGUGUUGCGGCCCUAGCUUUGAUCCCUCUGUAUGCUCGCAUGGCAUGCGUUCAUUUUAUUCUCAUAUAUGGAACCAACAAUGCUCAAUUUGAUGGUGUUGAGCUUACUGACCUUCAAUUGCGUCAAAAAGCCAUCGGAAGUGGCCUUGUGCUCGCCAGUCGGAUUUUCUACGCCGCAACCCUUUGGGUACUUAAGUUCGCAGUUCUCGAGUUCCUUCACCGAUUGACUCGAGCGACGUGGGAACGAUCAUGGCAGACGUCUUUAUACGUCAUUCGAAUAAUCCUCGUUGCUACUUUCAUCGCGGUUGUCAUCAGUGACUUUGUCGAAUGCCGCCCUUACAGUCACUAUUGGCAGGUUGUGCCCGAUCCUGGUGGCCAAUGCCGUCAAGGAUACGUGCAGCUUCUCACGAUGGCAGUCUGCAACGUGGUCACUGAUUUGUUGCUUGUCAUUUUCCCAAUUCCGAUCAUUGUGACAAGCGGAAUGACAAUCAAGAGGAAGAUACAGCUUGUGCUUCUCUUCUCUCUCAGUCUAUCUGUUGUUGGGGUCACUCUUUAUCGGGUACCCCAUAUCAUUGAUGAUCACGGUCGUCAGCAGUAUCGAUCGCUUUUGGCAUCGGUUGAGCUUCUUUUUGCCACGGCUGCGGCAAACUCACUCGUGUUGGGAUCUUUCGUGCGUGAUCGCGGCCUGAAGAAGCAAAAGUUCCGCCGUUCAUCGGUAGCUGAGUCCCUCGAUCCCUCACUCAACCUCCGCCGCCCGACUUUGCACCGACACUGGGGAAGCGAUGAAGACCUUGUACGGGACGUUGGCAUGACCGUUGACCCAGAACUUCAGGAUCAGCCUGAUAACUCGAGCGAGAACGGUGCUCUGCAAUACACCCCGGCCCCUCUUCUUCGCAAACUGGAUCAAGACCUCGAGCGCUGGCAAUUUCCUCAGAGAAAACGCAGCAACGAAGAGCACAGCGAUGAUUCUCUGAUACAACACGACCCACUCUCCCAGUCGAAAAGUGAGAACGGCAUAGCACCAAGGAGAGUUUCUUUCUUCGACGUUGGUGGUCUGCUUGAUGUGCCCCCCGAGAGUUCUGGGAGCCUUCGAGCAAACAGUCGUGCGUCGUCUAAGGAAGACUCUUCACAGUCGCAUUCGCCCCCAGCACCUUCAUUACCAGCAGGAUCCGGAGGCUUUCGCCGAGGUUCAACUGCUUUGCUCCAAGACCUCGGUGGCCUCUUUGGACCUAUGAAUUCGAGGUCAAGUCGGUCCAAGUCCAAGCCUCGAGGAACGGAAUUGCAGCCGAUACCGCAAUCCCGACAGGAGUCGCGAUACGAUUUGCAAGGACCGCCCGUGGCGGAGCUGAGGGAUCCCGGCGGCCUUCUAAACUAGCGGCAAUAAUCUUUGGUAUCAUCUGCCAUCACCUUUGACGACAUCUUCACAUUUUCACAUGCGACUACCUCACGACAACAGCGAUUUUUAUGGGAUUUAUUUGGCCCGGCUUGGAAGAUUUAUAUACGGCCUGGGGCGUUUAUGCUACAGGCUCUGAAUGUAUUUUUGGUUGGCAGGACAGGAGUAAUGCGCAGGCAGGGAUCUUUUACUUGGGUAUAUGCGAAGUCUCAAUACAAGGCAGGAUUUGGAGAUCAGGCAUUCGCGCAACUAUCGCGGUUUGCAUUAUGAUAUGUUUGGGAUUUUUAUGGCUGUGUGUCAGGAUGACAUGGUUAUUGGUUAUAUAUACCCGGCAAACGCCAAGUUAACGUUUAAUGG